CUCCUUAGAGUAGAAUCUUCGUCGAUAGCACCUAAUCGAGGUCUCUACCAAUGCGAUGUAACCCAGGUCGUGACACUUUACAGGCUAUCGCUCAGAGAUGUUCAUCACCUGCAUGCUAUUCCUACUACAUAAAAAGCAGAUGACGACUAGGCGAGGCUGCGGCGCGUCGGCACGGCACUUCCGUAGCCAAUCAUCGUGCCUUGCCAACUCAAUGCAUUCUGGCCGUGGGACUUCGCCGAGGUGAGCGAAAACAACAAGGCAGCUAUUGCUAGCUACGUACUGGUGCACUUGUCCUUUUUCUCUUAGUUUCUAAAGCUUUCCGCUACGCUGAAUAUAGCCCGCACUUCUUCAAUGAUACCCUGCCGCUACGGUUACUAAUACACAAGCGACGUUCUAGCCUUGCGAACAGCACAAUAGGUUCUUGUCCUCCGACCCUGACUUUCGAUCGCUUCGGCUACCGGCAACCGCGGCCAUGGACCCGGCCACUGCUGUGAACAUCCUCGUCCUAGUCGGCGCUGCAAUCCUACCCUACUUGUGGCUUCAAUAUAGGAACAAGAGAGCGGUAUACGUUUUAGGACAACAAGAUUCGGCGAACGAAGAGCACCAAGCAAGCAAGCAAGAAACUUCUAGUAGUCGUUCAGUGCUCCAAGUUUUAUAUUCCGGGCCCAGCAACGCAGCCACUAGGGAGGUCGAGGUAGACAUCGUCGCUGUCCACGGCCUCGGGGCUAACGUGGAUUGGUCGUGGACCUGGACAGACGGAGCCAGCCAUGUUCACUGGCUGAAGGAUCCGAAUAUGCUACCUGCUGUGGUGCCCAAUGCCCGAAUCAUGGUGUACAACUACGAAUCGCGAUGGCACGCGAAUGCCCCGAAAACUCGCCUCUCUCUUUGUGGCAAGGAUCUGGUAGAAAGCCUUUGUUGGUACCGGAAGGACACUACGAACCGCCCGAUAGUUUUUAUCGGACACAGCUUGGGCGGUAAUGUUAUCCAGCAUGGCCUGUUGAACGCUAAUGCAGACCCAGAACUGAAACACUUAGUCGACCGUACCGUCGGCCUCGUAUUUCUGGGAUGUCCCUUCAAAGGCUCUAAGAUGAAGGGGAUAGCUCAACUCAUAGCCCGAAUCAUGCACAUUGCUGGAUCCCAUAUCGGUAUUGUCGGAGCCCUAGGCUACGGCGAUCGCACCUUGCGGGAUAAGCUGAACGAGUUCGGUAAACUCUUGCAGAGAAUUCGAAUCCCGGUGGUCUGCUUCUUCGAAUUGAAAGAUACCGAUUUUGGAAGAAGAUUAGGGAUGCCCCAUCUAAUUAAAGGAAUGGUUGUAGAGGAGGACUCCGCAUGUAUCGACCUUUGUGAUCAUUUCCCGCUCUCGACGGACCAUCUACGCCUGAACAAAUACUCUGGCCCGAAUGACCCUUCUUUCGACAAGGUUUCAGAGAAUAUUAAAAAGAUGUGUGCAGAUGUGAGCAAGGGGCGCCUCCAUCUCGACCAAGAGACAGCAUUCGACAGGCUCCUCCCACACACUGUUGAAGGAGCAUCCUUUGACUCCCACGCCGAAGAAGAGAUCUCAUAUUGCCUCCAAGGCACUCGAAAAGAGCUUCUCCAUGAAAUAUCCAAAUGGGCUGUCGAUGCUCGCGCCAAACCCGUCUUCUGGCUGAACGGCAUGGCUGGCACCGGGAAGUCAACCAUUUCGCGCACCGUGGCACAGUCUUUCUCUAAGAACGGCCAUCUCGGUGGCAGCUUUUUCUUUAAGAAGGGCAUGGCCGAUCGAAGCGGAACAUCCAAGUUCUUCACUACGAUUGCCGCUCAGUUGGUCUAUAAAUCGCCGUCCCUCGCCUAUUAUAUUCAAAGUGCCAUCGAUGCCGAUCCUGCCAUUACGCAAAAGACAAUAUCACAGCAGUUUGAGAAGCUCAUCCUGGAGCCUUUGUUAAAGAUGACUCUAAACACUCAGGCCCCUGCAACGCUUGUCAUUAUUGUCGAUGCCCUGGAUGAGUGCGAGAGAGAGAAGGAUAUCGAGCUGAUCAUCAAACUCUUUUCCCGUGCUAAGGAACUACCGUCUUCGUGUUUAAAGAUCUUUAUCACUAGCAGACCCGAACUGCCUAUACGAUUGGGUUUCAAGAAAAAUCAAGGAACGUAUCAGGAUUUAGUCCUCCAUGAGAUACGCCAAGGUCUUAUUGAUCGCGAUUUGACUAUAUUCCUGGAGCACGAGAUGACCGAGAUUAAAAAAGACUACAACUUGGGAAACGAAGAUCAACAACUGCCUGUAGAAUGGCCAAGCAAAUCAGAUAUCGAGACUUUAGUAAAGAGGGCAAGUCCUCUCUUCAUUUUUGCCGCCACUAUCUGUCGUCUCCUUAAAGAAUGGAAUUACAGCGAUCCCCAAGAACAACUUCGAGAGAUCCUAGCCUAUAAAUCAAGAAACAAGCAGUCUAAGCUUGAGGCUACAUACAUGCCUGUCCUGGAACGACAACUUAUCAGACUUGACGAAAGUGACAAGGAGAAGGUCUUAGAAGAGUUUCGAGUUGUUGUUGGCUCGAUCGUUAUCCUUGAGAAUCCCCUCUCUACCCAUGCUCUAUCGCAGCUACUUGACGAAGAUGAGAAGAUGAUUAGUAAUAGACUGCUUCAUCUUCACUCGGUUCUACAUGUCCCGUCCCCUCCCGGCUCUCCCGUCAGACUCUUUCACCUGUCGUUCCGGAAUUUCCUAGUGGAUCCCGAAAGGCACAAAGACCAGUUCUGGGUGGAUGAGAAAGAAUCCCACAAGUGGCUAGCUACGAACUGCCUGCGCGUAAUGAAUAAAUCCCUUCGGACUGAUAUCUGUGAGGUUCAGGCGCCAGGAACACCUCGUUCAUCGAUAGACCCACAGAGAAUCAGCAAGUAUUUACAGCCAGAAGUCCAGUACGCUUGUCAGUUCUGGUCGUACCAUCUACAGCAGGCCGAAAUGAAAGUAUCGGAUGGGGAUGAGGUGUGUGACUUCCUGACCUGCCACUUCCUUCAUUGGUUAGAAGCAUUAAGUUUGAUGGGAAGAGUUUCGGAGAGUCUGCAGGCGAUUAAGGCGCUACGAGCCUGUGCUCAU